AUGUCAUUCCUCGCCAAACGCGCCCUUGCGGGCGCGCUGCAUGCGCGACCAGGCUUCUUAAACACACCUCGGAUUCAAACCGUCGCUAUGCUUUCGACCUCCUCCACUAAAUCAGCGACCGCGCUUGAACGACAAGGCCAAUCCGGCCAACCUCUGUCCGCAUCUGGGAAGGUACGGAAGGAAGUGCCUUUGCCGAGUCAGGAGAAGAAGGAGGGGGCGAUGCAAUAUGUCUUGACUACGCUUGAUCAGGUUGCCAAUUGGGCGCGUCAGAGCUCUCUCUGGCCCAUGACCUUUGGCCUUGCAUGCUGCGCCGUCGAAAUGAUGCACUUAUCCACGCCGAGAUACGAUCAAGAUCGAUUAGGUAUCAUCUUCCGAGCCUCGCCUCGACAGUCAGACGUCAUGAUUGUCGCCGGCACCUUGACCAACAAAAUGGCUCCUGCUCUCCGGCAGGUUUAUGAUCAGAUGCCCGACCCUCGUUGGGUUGUCAGUAUGGGAAGCUGCGCAAAUGGCGGCGGGUACUAUCAUUACAGCUACUCCGUUGUCCGCGGAUGCGACAGGAUUGUGCCUGUCGAUGUCUAUGUGCCUGGAUGCCCACCUACAUCGGAGGCACUGAUGUAUGGCAUCUUCCAGCUUCAAAAGAAGAUGAGGCACACAAGAAUUACGCGCAUGUGGUACAGACGUUGA